AUGCUGCCACUGCCAGAGGUAGAUGUGACGCUGGCCAAGCUGAAGGAGUCAGUGAGAGUCUCUGCUGAGGGCACUGAGGGCGAGGGCGAGCUCAACAGCUUUUACGCGGCGGUGGAUCGGUUUGUGGCCAGCGGUGCUGCAGCAGCGGCUCAUGGCGAGAUCCGCGAUCUGGCGCGCGAGGUGGCGGCUAGGAACGGUGCUGGCUUUCCGGGCUCGUGGAUUGAAAAGCUCUGGCUGGAGGCAUACCUUAGUGAUGGCAACCCGCUGCCCAUCAACAUCAACCCGCACUUUGUCCUCGACUCGGCGCCGUCGUCGGUGGCGGCGGCGUCGGCAGCGGCGACGGCGACCGGCAUGCUCGACUGGUGGGCCGGCGUGCUCGCUGAGCCGCAGGCCCCAGGGGCAUACAUCCCGCUCGAGCGGCGGCCCGAGCUGAUGGGCUCCAUUGAGGUCUCAGCCUGGUCCAAGGUUAUGGGCUUCGCCCGGCUGCCGCGGACCGAGGCGGCGCAACCCGACACGGCGCACGUGUACGAUCCGACGACUGACGGUGCCAAGCUCGGUGUUGUUUGCAACGGACACUACUACACGGUCGAACCGGUCAUGGCGAGCGACUUUAGUGGUCCGAUGCCUGUCGAGCUACUGGCACGGACGAUGGAAGCCAUCCAGGACGACGCCCACAGCCGGGCACCCGGCUGGGCGUCUGGCACUGAGGUCGGUGUCUUCACCGCCCUUCCGCGGCUGGAGUGGGGCAUGUGGCGGGCGCGGUUUGCGGCGUCAUCGCCCGCGGCGGCGGCCUUUCUUUCCGAGUGGGACUCGAGCCUCUUUGUUGUGGCCCUUGACAGCGCACCGCUCAGUGGACGGUCGAUGAUGCACGGCAUGCCUGCUGCGGGCACGUUCAACCGCUGGUUCGACAAGAUGCUUGUGGCUGCCGAUCCGAGCGGGCGCGUCGGCUUUAACUUUGAGCACUCGUUUCUCGACGGCAUUGUGUGGAAGCACAUGAUUGACGCUGCGGCGCCCGAGCUGGGCGCACGUGCGCGCGCCUCGCGCAAACCUGGCGCCGGUCUCCCGUGGCAACGCCACGAGUUUACUCUUCCCCCCGAGCUCGCUGCUGACAUGCGCAGGGCGCAAGAGGCCGCGGCUGCAAGUGCUGAUAGCGUGCAGUUGGUAGAGAUCGAGGACGAACGCGGCGCAGCGAGCCUUGCCAAGUCACUCGGUCUCUCGCCGGAUGCAUUUGUGCAGCUUGCGCUCCAGGCUACUUUUGCGGCCAUGGAGCAGGGCAUGGGCCGAGCCGGCAGUCUCCGCCCUGGCGUAUACGAGGCCGCCACGAUGCAGGGCUUCUGGCGCGGACGGACCGAGACCAUCCGCUCACUGACCGAGGCUUCGGUUGCAGCAGUUUGGGGCGAGCCGCUGGCGUACUCGGGCGAUGCCCUACGUGCUGCCGGCCAAGCCCACACUGCAACGAUCAAGGCGGCCAUGGAAGGCGAUGGCAUCGACCGCCACCUGUACAUGCUCCAGUCUGUGGCCGGUGACAACGGCAACGAGCUCUUUUCCCACCCGCUGCUGACCAACGCCUCGCGCUGGCGAGUGUCGACCUCGAACAUCUCCUCGCCUCAUCUCGGCUUCAUCGGCUUUGGCGCCGUCGAUCCCGACGGCCUCGGCCUCGGCUACAACCAGUGCGCCGACGGCCUCCGCCUCGCCAUCUCAGGCUUUAACGCCAGCGACGCUGUCAACGUCGACAUCUUUGCCGGCAUCUUUCCCUCUGUUCUCUCAGCCAUGAUCGACGCUCUCCGCAAGUCUUGACGCGAUGAUCGUCCCAUCGCCCCGCUACCGCCCAACAACCGAACCGAAUGCCCCAUUCCUUCCCCAUCACCAUCCAUCCACCCGACCGCACCA